CAGAGGUCCUGCAAAUUCCUACCGUGGGCCCCAGGGAGUGGGCCCGAGCAGGGAGGCGCCCUCCGGCUCCCUCUCCCCGACUUGAAGAAGCAGAAGAAACUGUACCAGCAAAGACCGGACCCCCAGCGGCGGCUGGAGACCCAGCCCUUGCAACUUCAAUCUUCCCAGGGAGCCCAGGCGGAAACGCUGGUUUGGAUAGAGGCGGGAACUGCUUCGGGCUGAGACAGACAACCGGUGACCUGACUGACGCAAACCCCAAACAACGCUCGACUGAGCAGCAGAGAUACGGCCCGAGUCCUGAGGUCGCCAGGGCUCCCAGCUGACCGCCGACUAACGCUGUGCUUCUCCGUGGCCCAAGUGCACACUAGAGGCGAAGCUCGAGUGGGCCCGAGCGCAGGGCGCACGCUCUCCAGGGGCGGUGCCGGAGACCAGAGGGGCCCCAGUGCCUGAAGCGGGCGGAGCCAGGGCGGACAGGGUAGCGCGGCGCACGCGCGGCGGCGACGGCGGUCGCAAUGGCGCCCCCUCAGCGGGUUCGGGUGUUGCGGUGCUCCUGCUGCCGCCUCUUCCAGGCGCACCAGGUGAAAAAGAGUCUCAAAUGGACAUGCAAAGCUUGUGGAGAGAAGCAGUCAUUUUUGCGGGCUUACGGUGAGGGCUCUGGUGCUGACUGUAGACACCACGUCCAAAAAUUAAAUCUGCUGCAGGGACAGAUUUCAGAGAUGUCACUCAGUCUUUCCCUAAGGUCUCUGGAAGAAUCCAGAAAUGCUGACGAGGAGGAAAAUGCACGUCCUCGGCAGCCUGCGCCUGCAAGUCUGCAGGAAAAACUCCAGCCCUCAAAGAACCGCUGGCUGAAGUAUCUGGAAAGGGACUCCAAGGAACUGGAGCUGGAAGAAGGAGGAGUGUGUUUCAACAGGCAGCCCUCAUCCAAGAGAGAGAAGCCAGACCCUCCCUUCAGUACAAGCCUGCCUAGAAAAAGGAAACGGAGCCAGAGCACAGUCCAGCCUCCAUGCAGCCCUAAUGUCCAGGACUCCAGGAACUGUGAGGUCACCUUGAAGUCCCUGAAGGACCACACUGGCCUGACAGGGAAGGUCACAGAAGGAAGCAGUCGGAAGGACUGGGACACCAGGGAGCUCGUCGUUCCUCGGGGGAAACCACCGUAUCCUGCCCAGCACGUCAGGACCAUGUCUCCUAUGUGGGAACAAUUUCUUCCGCCACUUGGAAACAGCUCACGUUUGGAAACGGAGCCCCUGACCCCCCUGCAAAGAGGCCCCAGGCCAGCCCGGGCAGCACGGGCUGAGCAGGGGACCCCCAGGACCCACACCCCAAGUGAAGGAGGCCUCUGCAGGACCCCUGGUGCACUCCAGCCCCCUCAGGCUACACACACUCCCACGCCUGGGCCCAAGAGGCUCUGCGGAAAGACCCCCGAGCAGUCAGGGGGCACAGGCCCUUGGGCAGAGGGUGGGCCCUUGGUCAAAGGGGUGCAGGAGCCUUCUUCACUCGUGCGACUGUGUGACCUCUUUAAAACCGGAGAGGACUUUGAUGAUGAUCUGUGAAUUGAAACUAAUGUGUUACUAAUGUAGACGUAUUUGUUACGUGAGCCCUUCUCCACUUGAUCUCUGUGCCACCGGAAACAGGGCUCCCCAAGUUGCUUUUAAAUAGUAGGACUAAGGAUGACUUAUGGGAACUACCAAGAACCAACAAUAAACAUGACUAUC